UUCCCCUCUCCCUCUCAGCUCAAUAUCUCCAAUGGCGCUCCAAGACAACACGUCAAACAUGAAGGCGAUUGUUGCCACCAUCGCCUCUUUCACGGCCACCGCCAUGCUUGUCCGGAGCGUUGCUAGGGACUUCGUUCCGAAGGAGUUCCGUCACUACUUCUUCGACGGCGUUCACAGCCUCUACCGGCGUUUCUCCACCCAAUUCACCAUUGUCAUCGAGGAGUUCCAGGGCGUGUCGGUGAACCAGCUGUUUGAGGCUGUCGAGGUCUAUCUGGGAAAGCUCGAGCACCCUUCGACGAAGAGAGUCAGAUUAGGCAAGACAGAGAACGACAAGGGCCUGGUCCUGAGCAUGGACGGGAAUGAGGAAAUAGUGGAUUACUACGAGAACGUCGAGUUGAAAUGGAGGUUCAUAUGCAUAAAGUUCGAUUCAUCAAAGCAAAACGACGACGCCAGAGACUUAAAUGCGUCUCUGAGAUCUGAACUGCGUGUGUACGAGCUCAGCUUUCACAAGAAACAUAAGGAGAAAGUUGUGCAAUCGUACCUGCCACACAUACUGGACAAAUCGAAAGCCAUAAAAGACGAAGCCAAGGAAACGAAGUUCCACUCGAAUUUCAGAGGAUGGGCUUCGAGCGACAUCAUUCUGCAGCAUCCAAUGACAUUCGACACGCUAGCUAUGGAUGGCAAGGCGAAGGAUGAACUUAUCGAGGAUUUAAACAACUUUGUGGCGGGGAAGGAGUAUUAUAAGAGAAUCGGUAAAGCUUGGAAGCGUGGUUACCUGCUGUAUGGCCCUCCUGGGACGGGCAAAUCGAGCUUGAUUGCUGCCAUGUCUAAUUAUCUCAACUACGACAUAUAUGAUCUGGAUCUCACGGAAGUUCGUACCAACUCAAAUUUGAGGUCGUUGCUGCUUGGCAUGUCUAGCCGAUCAAUCCUCGUGAUAGAGGAUAUCGACUGUAGCAUCAAGCUGGAGAAUAGGGAGUCUGGGGAAGAAAAAGAAAAUCGUCAUAACAGGGUCACAUUGUCCGGGCUGCUUAACUUUCUCGAUGGGAUUUGGUCGUGUUGUGGAGAGGAAAGGAUAAUCGUGCUCACAACCAACCACAUUGACAGAUUGGAUCCCGCUUUGCUAAGACCCGGGAGAAUGGAUAUGCAUAUCCAUUUGUCGUACUGCAAAUUUUCCGCAUUCAAGCAGUUGGCGGUGAACUAUUUGGGGAUACAUGAUCACGAGAUGUUUCCCGAAAUUGAAGAGCUGUUGGAGGAAGUAGAGGUCACUCCGGCUGAAGUUGCGGGGGAACUGAUAAAGAGCAAGAACACUAGCCUUUCCCUUCAAGGCCUCAUUGAAUUCCUUCACAACAAAAAAUCAGAAAGGGUUAAAGCUGAAGCGAAUAGAGAUAUACCACUCCAGAACGGGCACGAUGAGAAAGAAUUGGAAAGCCUGACUCAAGACAAAGAAAAGUUGGCAAACGGCAUAGCCCAAGACAACAAAAAGUUGGCAGUUUGACAGGGGAGCCUUAGAUCAUUCCUAUUCGAUGUUUAAGCUUUUUAACUCCUAUUAGAGACGUAAAACUAAAGCCUAUAAAGGCUUCAUCUUGAAUUUUUCCAGGCUCGCAUUGAAACCAUGCUUUACUAUCAUGUUUCAUUCCUAUAAUACUAAACAGCUUAGAGGCUAAAACGUUUGUUAAUGGCUCUCUAGGCAUGCAAAUUUAGAAAUAUAUCUUGGUUGUUCAUUAUUA